AUGAACUGCCAGGCACAACAGCAACGGAGUCGCAGGCGCGUGGUUCGCAGCGCGCUGCCCAUGGCCUUGGCUCGGCGUGAGCGUGAGCGGCGCGAUGAGCGCUAUGCCGCGGCCAAGUGGGAAGCAUCGCCUCAUCCUACCGCUCUGCCGAUUCCGCCCAACCACUGGUUCCGCGAUGGCCGCUGCCGACUGGAACCCGAUCACGCUCUGCCGCUCAAACUCAUCCUCAACGUCACCUGUGCAUCGGCGUAA